AUGGGCGACAGCAGCCGGCCGUGCACCGUGUGGCUCGGUUCGGAGACGGGUAUCCUGAAGGGCGUCAGCGUGUCUCGCAGACAAGCCCUCAACUUCUGUCACAGCUCGCAGUUGAGCCGCCAGCACGAGGUCCGGACGCUGUGUUGGGCCGACGCGGCCGAGAGCGAGCUUCUGGUCGGUGGCGUGGACGGAACCGUCAAGACUUUCAGCGUGGAGAAGGGAACCUUCACCGACGUGCGACAAUGCGGCGACCCCUCCGAUGGCUCCUUCGUCGGCCUCGCUACGCUAGAUGGCGGCGCCGCACUCGUGACGUGCCUGGGGGGAGGCGUGCUCCGUGUCUGGAGGGACGAGAGCGGCGAGCCGGCCGCGGAGAUCCGCGUGGGAAACGACAUAGCCCGGAUGAGGCAGAACCCGGAGCACAGGCACAAGGUGGCGACCGGCGGUAAAGAAAAUUGUCUUAAGGUGUGGGACCUGGAGAAGCCCGACAAACCCGUGUUCACCGCAAGGAACCUGCGGAACGAUUGGCUCAAUCUACGGCAGCCGCACUGGGUCAUGGACAUGGCUUUCAUACCAGGAUCCGACAAGGUGGUUACCUGCACGGGAUACCACCAGGUCCACGUGUACGACCCCUCCACACCCCAGCGUCGGCCCGUGCUGGAGGCCACCUACGGGGAGUACCCACUGACCACGUUGUCACUUCCCGCUGCAGGUGGCUCGGUAGUGGUGGGCAACACGCACGGGCAGAUUGCCGUCCUGGACUUGCGGAAAGGUCUGGUGCGGGGGUGCUUCAAGGGCUUGUCGGGCGGAGUCCGGGGCCUGCAGUGCCACGCGUCACAACCAGUGGUGGCAUCCUGCGGCCUGGACCGCUUCCUGCGUAUCCACAGCCUAGAGGACCGGCGCUUGCAGCAUAAGGUUUACCUCAAAUCCCGCCUCAACUGCCUGCUGCUCGCCAGCAGACCCUUGGAAGAGGCUGGGGACGACUGCCUGGAGGUGAAGGAGGAGGAUGACGAGGUGUGGGAUGCCAUGGAACAGGUAGAGGAGGGGGAAGAGAAUCCCAAGAGGAAAAUGUCAGAGGAAACAUCCGUAGAGCAAGAGAAUUCCAAAAAUGGAAUAUUGAAAGAAGGUGAAAAUUUCAUUAAUGAAAUAACUGAUGGUCAAGAAGAGAAAACACCGGAGAGCGAAGAGAGGGAGCCGCCGAAAAAACAGAAGAGGAGAAAGAAAGCUAAAGCAUGA